AGUUAUAAUUGCGAACGAAGUGAAAGAAGAAUAGUAAGUGAGUAGUGGCGAAAAGUGCAAGAGUAGAUGGUGUGAAAAUCGACUUCAAACAAAUAAAAAUGUGAAAAUAUUAAAACUAAUAGUUUCUCUGCGGAAAUACGAUGUUAAAAAUUGCUUUGCAUAUAAAAUUGUUUAUAUUAAUUACAAAGUGAUUAACAAAAAUGCAUGUUUCUAUCGCAAAGGAAAACUAAUAUGUGAAAAUACAUGAAUGUCAAUUAGAAUUUUAUUUAAUAAAAUAAGUAAAUAAAGAGAAGUAAAAAUAAAUAAAAUAAACAUAGCAUAAAAAGUAUAACAUAAAAGGUCAUCGCUCAAAAAGUGAUCAAAAAUAUAUUUUAAAUAUAAAACAAAUAAACAGUUUUGUGUAGCCUUACGUCAAUUAUUUGCAUUAACCCUUUUUUAUGUUGUUUACUACAGUUUGAGAAAGAUUAAAACUAUUGCUGCACUUCCAUACGCUCAUCUCCUGAUGUACCCAGCACUAAGAAAAAAUGUAGAGCAGAUCUGAUCUCCAUUGUCGCUUAUGUUUCUUAGCCAAAGUCUCAUCGUUCGUAUCUUGCACUGGAAAUAAAUAAAUUGAGUUAAAUUGACUGCGUGUGAUAGACACGCGCACUUGACUAAAAUUGCAAAUUUAUGCAAUAAUCUGCAAAAAGAUAGUAAACAGAAUUCAAAACCGAUUUGCAUACGAAAAUAAAAGAAAAUCACUACUUUUGUGUGCUUGUCGAGACACAAAACAGCAAAAUAUUUUACAUCUUUACUUUUACGUAGAAUGCUACCCAGCUUCCAUACUUUAAUGAGGUGCUCUUCGAGCGUUUUACAAUCCACAACAGGAUCCAUGACUGGUGGCGUACCAGUGCCUUUCAACAGUAACAUAAAUGAUGAUCCCAACACAGCUACUUGCUCAGGUCGAGGCGAUUGCCUCAAUGGCACCUGCCUAUGCGAAAUACGUUACUCAGGCGAUGAGUGUAGUGGUUUCAAUUUCCCAUAUUACGUAGGCAUAUCGGGCGUUUUUUAUUUAGUCGCUCUCGUAUCUGUUAUUCAAUUAUUAAUAUGCAUCGUAGCCGAAUAUCAGCGUCUAAAGCAACCAUCUGUGCUGCGGGCGUGUCGUUUGACUACGCAAAAAGUUUUAUAUUUUAUGGUGUUCGUGGCGGCGUCCUUGCGUGGGGCAUAUUUUACAACGCCGCUUGAUCUACAGCCACAAUGGGCGGUAACAUUAAUGUCUGCAUAUUAUCCACUUUUAAUGACUUGUGCGUCGCUGAUCGUUUGCAUGUGGGCAGAAAUAUUCCAUUUGCGUGAUAUACGUUGGGAAAAGUCGCAGUUUUUGUCAAAGAGCUUUCUUGGCUUUAUAGCAUUUAAUUUCUUUUUGUAUAGUUUGUUUGGUGUUGAGGUUUUCUCAUCACUAAUCAAUGCUGAACGCCAAACAUAUGCACACAUUUUUAAUGGUUGUUACGCUGUACUCCUUCUCAUAGUUGUCAUUUUCUUCCUGAUAUAUGGAGUGGAGGUAUUCUUUAAAAUACGUGGAGGUUUUGUGUACGAUCAAACGGGCAAAAUUCUUGGUCCAAGUGAAGCGAUUGUAAAUGCAUCACAGCUACAUCAAUCGCGUUUUGGACUGCUAAGCCAAGCAAUUAUGCUUAUAGUUAUUGUUGGAUUCCUAACCUCUGAAACUUUGGGUGAUUUUUGGAAAACAAAAGUUCCUGUCUAUUCCCGUAAUUGGCAUGAUAUUGUCUUUCGUAUUGUUGAAAUAGGAGUUGCUGUUUGGUUUCCUUGUUGUUUGUGGAAUUCUAUGGCACCGGAGCAGUUAUGGAUAUUAAAUCCACGUAAAUUAUUGUCAAGACAAAUCGAUCCAUCAAUACCCACUUUAUCAGCCGAUAGCAAAACUCUUUCACCUGAAGAAGGGCAAUCGUUUUUAGCGAAAAAAGACUGUUGGAUUUGUUACGAUAAUGAUAAACCAGAACCACUGAUUCAACCCUGCCGAUGCACUGGUGAUGUUAGUUCCGUACAUCACGAAUGCCUAAAACGUUGGCUUGUGGAAAGUUGUAGUACUAGUGAUGCACAAUUAUCUUGUAAAGUCUGUGGUUUUCCAUACGAAAUUGAGAAAACUAAAAAACUUGACUGGGAAAAGGGCUUUACGAUACAACAUUGGUCGAAAACUGUAAUACUUAUAACGCUUAUGUGCAUUGCCGGCGCUAGUGCAUGGGUCGUUAUUCAAUUAUAUGUCGAUCCAUUAGUAAGAGUAUUAACAGUUGGUGUAGCCGUACUUGUUGGAUAUGUUUGUAUUAAAUGCCUUGGUGAAAAUACCGUAGUUGCAUAUCAACGAGCCAAAGUCAGUUCCAUAAAUAUUGUCACAAAAACAGAAAUGGAAAAGUUACAUACGAUAUGUGAGGAUGUUGGUACCCGAACAAGCUCAACAGCUGGCACAAGCCAUUCACAACAAUGAUUAGCGUAAUUUUAUUGGAUUCACAAGAGUACAUAAGAAGCCAUCGGUAGAAAAUUAGCGUGACCAUAAUGGUUCGUAUAAUUGCCUCUUACACUUUUUUUGAGUGAGAUACAACCAACUUCAUUGACACAAUUGCUUCCAGCACCACCGAAUACGAGCGUUAAUAUUUGUAAUUUGUGCAUCAAUUCUUCGAUUUUGUACCCGAUGCUGUGGUGAUCGUAUCAACGUCUCUGCCACGAAUAAUAUUGCAAAGGAAAUUUAAAUUUAUUAAUUUAUUAAUAUACGUAUUUCAUAAUUGCUAUCAUAUUGUUUUAAUUACUUUCAAUUAUAUUUAUUAUUAUUAAAUAUGGACUGCAUAUAUACAGAUAUAAUACGUACAUGUAAGCAAUUACUGACAUUGGCAAAAGUAUUUACGCAUUCAAAUGUUGUAUGUAGUUUAAAUUAAUUUAAAAAUAUAUGAUCGGCUUAUUUGUUUAUUUG